AUGCAGCCAACGCAUUGGGUGGCCGACGGCGCUGGCUCGCCGGGCCCCGGUGCAUAUGUCUCGCCGCUGCAGAUGAAGAAUUAUGCGAAUGAGCUCCGCAGCCGCCCUGCGCGUCCCACUGGCUCGCGUCCCACUGGCUCGCGGCCGCCGCCAGCGCACUUCAAGACGUGGGCAAGCAGGGAGAUUCCGACGUUUGACGCGCUGCAUAAGAAGAAUGGGGGAGAGGAUAUACGGACGGCUUCACCACGGGCGAGGGAGGCUGGGGAGACGGCGGGCAAGGCGCUGGUGCAGCCGCCCCGGGCCACAGAGGCUGCAGAUCCGGACGUCGCGGCGAGCCUGGACCUGCAGGCCGAGGAGACGCUGUACGCGGCGGCGCGCGACGAGGCGGCGGAGAUCGUCUGGAAGCACCGCAACCCGAACGCGCCGCAGAGCAGCCCCCACGCGCCCUACGCGUAUCCUGCGCCGGACCGCAAGAUGCUGCAGCGCCCGAAGCUGCAGCGCACGCGCAGCCGCAGCGUGGGGCCCACCGACGACGCCGAGCACGACCUGCAGCGCGCCAACUCGACGCUGCGCAAGCGACACUCAUUCACCAGCUCCGCCGGCAGCAGGUCCAGCAGCCUGCAGGACCCCGUGCCCGCGAGCCCCGAGGACUCGCCCACGCCCAGCCCGCUCUUCAGCUCGUCGCCGUCCAAGGCCUUCGACCUCGAGGUCCAGCAAGCCGCGUCCGACCCCAGCCUCUCCGACCUCAGCACCUCCGACCUCAAGAUCCGCAAAGCCGCGUCCGACCUGCCGCCGCAGCGCAAGACCAGCGGCUCGCACCGCAAGCCCAGCGGCACGCUCUUCCAGAACCCCAACGACCACAUCUACGAAGAGACGGACGAGGAAGCGCCCCCGGCCCCCGCACCGACCCCCAUGGCAGCCGAGCCCCCCGCGCCUGCUCCGCUACCCCUGGGCAUGCGCCGCAACCCCUUCACGCGCUUCCAGUCUGUCAAGAGCAGCGCCCCCGGCAUGCCGCGCAGCACCACCGCUCCCGUCGUCAGCAUGCGCCGCUUCGACAAGUACGAGAUCCACCGCAACGAGCCCACCCAGUCGCGCAACGCGGGGUACACGCUGAAUGCGGGCAAGUCGAAGCUCAGAGAUGUGAGCCAGGCGGAUGUCGAGAACGCGCCGCCGAAGCCCAGCCAGCCCGAUGUCGAGGACGAGCCCGUGCGCAUCAAGGACGGCAAGGAGGUCAGGAGCGACGAGUUGCGCGCCGCCACGGGCUUCAGUCUGAAGAACCGCAGCCCGAAGCUGCCCACGCCGACCAUGGUGUCCGAUGCCCCGGGGCGCCCAAUUGUGUCGUUCCAGAAGGACUACAACGUCAUCGAGCUCAAGGAGGAGAAGUCGAUUCUGCCCGCCGACCCGAAGCCCGAGCCCGCGCCCGCGCCCGCGCCCGCGCCGCCAAAGCUGGUCGAGAAGUCGGUCACAGAGCCAACGCUGCCGACGAGAAAAAGCCUCUUCGAGCGGCCGACCAGCAGAACCGGCGCAGCCCCGAGUCCGUACGAGCGGCCCGCCAGCCGGUCCGCGAGCCCGUUUGACCGUCCAGCCAGCCGGUCGUCGACAGCCUCGCCCGCGCCCCUGAAGGAGAUCGCGCCGUCCAGCGCGCCUGCGUCGGGUGGCAUGCGCCCGUCGACGCCAAAGGGGCCGUUUGCGAAUCGCAGUCCGCUGGGGCGAUUCAAUACGGCCUCGGCCUCGGCCCCGUCGACGCCGCUGGCGAACCGUGUGCCCCCCGUCCCGGCGGAUCCGUAUGCGCUUCCGCCCAAGUCGACGACGCCUCCGCUGCCGGCGGAUCCUAUUCCUGCGAUUGGCGUCACGCCGCCCAUUCCCACAAUAUCCGUAGGCGACGCCCCCGCUGCGUCUCCUGCGUUUCCUGCGUCUCCUGCGUCGCCUGCGCGCGGCCGCUUCACCAGGGGAGCCACCACCCAGGCUGUUCCCAGCAUCUCCGUCGCCGAGCCGCCCAGCGUGGUCAGAGGCCACAGCUUCAACGCGCCUGCCGUCAACCUUCCCGCGGACGUCCCCUCGAUAUCCAUCAAUGAGCCUUCCAGACCUCUCCCCUCGGUCAUCCCCGCCAUCAACAUCCCCCCCUCCCCCUCCACCCGUCCCCUCCCCAACCCCCGCAACUACAGCGCCAAACCCCUCCCCGCCCCCGCUCCCCAACCCACCACCGCCCGCUCUCACUUCACCCCGACCCCCGUCCGCACAAACGCCCAGUGCACCGCCUGCGCCCUCCCCAUCUCCGGCCGCAUCGUGUCCGCCGGCGGCCACCGCUUCCACCCGACCUGCUUCGCGUGCUACCAGUGCGGCGAGAAACUCGAGUGCGUGGCCUUCUACCCGGAACCCGCCGCCAAGCACGCCGCCCGCGUGAGCCGCAUCCGCGCGCGCGCCGCCGGCGAGACCCCCGUGCUGCCGGGCUGGGACACGCCGGAGAAGAUCCGCGCCCUCGAGGACCAGGACGGGCACGACGAGGCCACGCGGUUCUACUGCCACCUCGACUUCCACGAGUGCUUCAGCCCGCGCUGCAAGUCGUGCAAGACGCCGAUCGAGGGCGAAGUCGUCGUCGCGUGCGGCGCCGAGUGGCACCCGGGCCACUUCUUCUGCGCGCAGUGCGGCGAUCCGUUUUCCUCGGCCACCCCCUUUGUCGAGAAGGACGGGUACGCGUGGUGCGUCGGGUGCCAUGCGAAUCGGUUCAGUGCCAAGUGUCGCGGGUGCAGGAAGCCGGUGGUGGAUACGGUUGUUAAGGCGCUGGGGAGUGAGUGGCAUCAGGGGUGUUUUUGCUGUGUGGAGUGUCAGGGCCCCUUCGAUGAUGGGCGGUAUUUCUUGCGCGGCGAGAGUCAGGAUCCGGUGUGUGUGAGGUGCGAGGAGCGGCGGCUGAAGGCGUGA